AUGGCGCAGUUGCACCCUUUCGGCAUGUUCCCGAUGGCACCCAAACCACCACCACCAUUGGGCAGUCUAGCAGUGCAAGCACCCUCACUGACAUCGCAACUCGUUCAUGUAUCACAGUCAACAUGCCAUAACUUAAGUCUGUUCAAAGAUCUGCUGAAAGAGUACCGCAGACUUGACGAUACCAUCAACAUGCGGUUGAAUCGCUCAAACGCUCAGUUCCGUGAUAGGGAUCGAGAAGGUACUGCUGGUAAGGGAAAUAUUCAAGAUCAGGCAUGUGCGUACCUGUGGAAGGAGCUAGUUGAGAACUGGAAGAGACGGACAGAAAUUAUAGAAUACUGUGAUGGCGUCGUUGACCGAUCAAUGCAGGAAAAACGUGGUGCUGUUAACGACCUAAAAGAGGACCCACGAGCUCAGCGCAAAAUACAAGCAGCUUUGUUUGCCGACCAAGUCAAGCGAAACCAAGUUCAUAAUGAAUUGACGGUUGAGAAGAUUGUACGACAACGAUCACUCGAUGCCUUUAAGUCGCGGUGUCGAUAUUUCACGCCACCUCUAUCAGAUGCUGAUGCGAGAAAGUGGUGGAAUGCAGCCCAAUCACGCGAAUUUUAACUCCUGACGCUAUCGAUGCAUUUUUAUCUUCAUAUCAAUUAAGUAUAUUUACAGGCCUGCAAUUGUACGAUAUUUCAUCCGGUCGCUUGUCUUUCUGUGUCUAUAGAGAAAUAUGACUAGUCUCCCUGCUUAGC